AUGGCGUACAGUGCCAUAGUAGAGCAAUGGACGGAAUAUGGAAUUGGAAUGGCGGUUUUCAUCCUCCGCAUUAUUGCGAGGAUCAAAAUUGUUGGGUUUAAGGGCUUCACUGGAGACGACUAUCUCGUUCCUUUGGCUAUGCUGUUUUACACCCUUCAACUAGUUUCGCAUCAGAUAAUGCACGAUAACGGACUUAUUAUUGCUAUCAAGCCUGAUACAUACUAUGGAGAUUUCACAGAUCGCCAGAGGGAGCGGGCUCAGCUUGGUGGCAAGGCAAAUAUUUUAUCGUGGAUUUCAUAUACAUCUCUCAUCUGGACGUUAAAAGGAUGCAUGGUGUUUUUGUAUUACCGCCUGACGGCUGGACUGAAGGCCAGAAAAUUCGUGCAUAUCACAGCUGGGGUUAUUGCAGCUAGCUAUGUUGGAAUAGUGCUCAUGAUAUUGCUUAACUGUCGCCCGUUAAGCAAGAACUGGACUUCACUUUAUGGAACAGAGUACUGUGUCAACAACAUCCCACAUUUCGCUGUCAUCGGACCGAUCAAUGUGGUAACCGAUAUAAUGCUCCUCUGCAUUCCACUACCUCUCAUCGUGCGCGCCAAACUACCCCUUCGCAGAAAACUCGUUAUUAGUGUUCUCCUCGGCGGUGGUUUCUUCCUCAUUAUUGCAGUUAUCCUCAACAACCUCUUUUCGCUAAUGUACAAAUUCGACGGCCUUUACAAUACCUUCAAUGGUGAUUUUAUUCAAUUCGGAAUUGAAAAUCCAAGUUUUGUUUUAAGCUGGGGAACACGAGAGACUCUCCUCAGUUUGGUUGAAAGUGAGGAACAAGACAUUGACGAAAGUCAGUGUUCACUCAUUACGAGCGAAGGCCGUAACUCCUCUACCACCGCCCAACAACAACAACAACAACAACAACAACAACAACAACAAUGUGAAACUAGAGGAACUGGAACGGGGGGCCGACUCGGAGUCUAUUAUGUCGGAGUAUAG